GUGUGCUGGGCUCGUGCGCUGUCUCCAGGCAGCAGUGAGAAACCCCGUAGCAGGAACUAGCUAAGCAGCCUUUAGCAUCCAAGAUGGCGGGAGCAGACAGCGACGACUCUCUUUACCCUAUUGCCGUGCUAAUUGACGAAUUAAGAAAUGAAGAUGUUCAGUUACGAUUGAACAGCAUUAAGAAACUGUCCACCAUCGCCUUAGCUCUAGGCGUCGAAAGAACACGCACUGAACUUCUGCCUUUCCUCACAGAUACCAUCUAUGAUGAGGAUGAAGUUCUGCUUGCUCUUGCUGAACAACUGGGGAACUUCACCAUGCUGGUUGGAGGAUCUCAAGCUGAUGACGCUGCUAAUAACCAAAGUGGAAAGGAAAAUCACUACCUCAUCGUCUUCUUUUUCUGUUUAAUUGGAAACGUGUUAACACAUGUAUCAUCUCUCCUCAGGCACUUCCGUACCCUGUGUUCUGAUGAUACUCCCAUGGUGCGCCGUGCAGCCGCCUCCAAGCUGGGUGAAUUUGCCAAAGUGUUAGAGCUGGAGUAUGUCAAGAGUGACAUCAUUUCUCUCUUCACUGCAUUGGCAUCUGAUGAACAGGACUCUGUUCGUCUCCUGGCUGUAGAGGCUGGUGUCAGCAUUGCCACUCUGUUGCCUCAAGAGGAUCUGGAAACUCUGGUAAUGCCCACUCUGCGCCAGGCAGCAGAGGACAAAUCCUGGAGGGUUCGCUACAUGGUUGCAGACAAAUUCUCUGAUCUGCAGAAAGCUGUGGGUCCAGAAAUCACAAAGAAUGACCUAGUGCCAGCCUUCCAGAACCUUCUGAAAGACUGUGAGGCUGAGGUUCGUGCCGCUGCUGCAAACAAAGUCAAAGAAUUCUGUGAAAAUUUGCCAGAAGACAGUAGAGAGACGAUCAUCAUGACACACAUUCUCCCCUGUGUUAAGUGUCCAGAGGUUCGCCUCAACAUCAUCUCCAACUUGGACUGCGUGAACGAGGUGAUUGGAAUCCGCCAGCUUUCCCAGUCUCUGCUUCCAGCUAUUGUUGAGCUGGCUGAGGAUGCCAAAUGGCGAGUACGACUGGCAAUUAUUGAGUACAUGCCCCUUCUGGCUGGACAGCUGGGUGUAGAGUUCUUCGAUGAAAAACUCAAUUCUCUGUGUAUGGCGUGGCUUGUUGAUCAUGUGUAUGCCAUCAGAGAGGCAGCCACCUGUAACCUGAUGAAGCUGGUGGAGAAGUUUGGAGCAGAGUGGGCACAGAACACCAUUGUGCCUAAAGUGCUGGGCAUGGCUAAUGACCCCAACUACCUGCACAGGAUGACUACCCUCUUUUGCAUUAAUGCUCUGUCUGAGGUGUGUGGACAGGAUAUUACCACCAAACACAUGCUUCCUGUAGUUUUCAAGAUGUCCAAUGACCAGGUAGCCAAUGUACGCUUCAAUGUGGCCAAGUCUCUUCAGAAGAUUGGACCUGUGCUGGACAGCAACUGUCUGCAGACAGAGGUGAAGCCAGUGCUGGAGAAACUGGCAUCAGAUCAAGACAUGGAUGUGAAAUAUUUCGCCCAAGAGGCCAUCAGUGUUCUUUCCCUGGCCUAAUGUACCUACUUGCUGAACGUAAGACCCAUCUCCCAAGUUGACCUGCAUUGUAUUUAUUGACGUCCAGGAUCGUCCUCUGGACUGUUUAUGGAGAAACAAUGUGCUCUGUUCCCUUUCAGUGAGAAAUGUUUUAGGGAUACUUGGCUUCUCUCAGUGUUUUGUUCAGCUGUUAACCAAACACACCAUCUUGCUCUUCAUUCUCUCCCGCUGAGCCCCUCUUGCUCUGUGUAACUUCACUUGCUAACCCUCAGCCUAGGGUCACACACUAGUUUUAUUAUCAGUGUAACAAUGUAUUGAAGCAUCAUAGGUUUAGAAAAAUAGAUGUUUUGAGGAAUCAGAUUUAACUUCAGUCGUCUGAUCUGAUGGACUCUUUUGCUCUUACUGCUGAUUUUAAGAGUUGCCCCAUGCAUGCGCACAGCAUGACAAAGGGGCGAAUCACUACUGCACCUUUCAUUUGAUUACUGUGUUCCCGUGCCCCGUCUUACACUGAUCGUUGUUAAACCAAGACCCCAUAAAGCACUAGCCGCAUGGCCGUUCUUUAGUGGAGGGCUCUGAUACUAUUCCCCUAUUCUCAAAGUGCUUAUCUUCUUAAAGGGACCAUGACAAAUUUCCAUCUGCUUCCUGCAACUCUUAUAACGGGAUGGGCAUUCCUAAACAGCCCUUUUUAUCUUCAGAAGGCAAGCUUCUUCAUUCUGCGCCAUUGACCGUGUUGCACAUUUUCUCUUUUUGUUUUGUUUUUAACUUGUGUCCUUUAUAUGAAUGCAUCUGCAUGCCUCUUGAACACAGGUUCCAUAGACCGUCAGUAUAUUGAGAAGCUCAUGAAUCACAAGGCAUCCUAAACUCCCUCCCUUAACACAUUGCUUCUGCCUGUGAUGUUGACUGUCCGAUUCUUCUUCAGCUUCAGAGUGCAGUCAAUAUAGUAGUAUCUUCUAUGUUAUGAGUGUCAUUAGAAUGUGCUUCGGGUUUUAUUUGAAUAUGGUCACAUUGCCCUUAAUAGAAGGGAACUCAAUAAAGAACGUUAUAUAACCCCA